GUUCGCGAGGCGAUCGACAGCGGCCAAAUCACGAUCAACCAGCAGCCAAUGAAGCCUUCCUACAAGCUUCGCCCCGGCGACGUGGUCGACUUCCCGCAGAUCGGUGCCCGGCAGCAACAGCAAACGCCUGAGCAGUCCGAUCUCGACAUCCUCUAUCAAGACGAACACCUCGCGGCAAUCAACAAGCCGCCUGGCAUGGUCACCCAUCCAGCCAAAGGACAUUGGGACGGAACGCUUACCGCGGCUUUGCUGGCGAAGUUCAGCCAGCUGAGCGAUAUCGGUGGGGCCCUCACCCAGCAGUUCGCCGACCGCUCGACCGAGAAAGAGUAUUUCGCCAUCGUCGCGAACUGCCCCGAUCGCGACCGCGACAUGAUCAACGAACCGAUCGGUCCGCAUCCUCGCUACCGCGAGCGAAUGUCGAUCGUGCGAGACGACCCGACCGCCAAAGAAGCCCAGACGUUUUACGAAGUGGCCGAACGGUUCGACGGCUUCGCAGUCUUCAAAGUGAUGCCGAAGACCGGCCGUACGCAUCAGAUCCGUGUGCAUCUGGCCCACAUCAAGCAUCCCGUGCUGUGCGAUCGUGCUUAUGGUAGUCGCGCUCGAAUCACGCUCGGCGAGCUUGCUCGAACCGAUGACGAGCAAAUCAUUCUUUCACGCACCGCACUGCAUGCUCGGCGGCUGAAGAUCACCCAUCCUGUGACCGGGGAACCGCUUGAAUUUGAAGCCCCGAUGCCGGAAGAUCUUCACUCAACUUUGGUCGUGUUGCGCAAGUACCGUUCGGUAUAG